UCCCCAUCGAUUGCUUGGACAUGCCCACUGACGGCAGACCACUCCUGGAAGCUCACGCCUCGCAGACUCGAUUCGAUAUGAGCCAGCAGAUGGAAGGCCAGAGGAGGAGGGAGGAGGAGGAGGAGGACAAGAAGCAGGAGAAUACGAAGACGAAGACGAAGGAGAAGGAGAAGAAGAAGAAAAGGGUGUUGGUGGUGGGAGCGGGAGCUGCUGGAAUGUCCUGUGCCCAUCAUCUCGCCGAGCAUCCCGACAAAUUCGACGUGACACUGGUGGACGCCGUCGAUUAUUGCGGUGGACAGGCAUACUCGAUCCCGUUGGACAAGCAAAAGACAGGCGCAUCAUGGCUGAAUCAGGGAGUCCAAGGGGGCUCGUACAUCUUCCACCACACUAUGGCUAUGUUUGGUAGAAAUGGCUUCUGGGCGGAUCCUGUCAAGCUCCAGGUCUCCUUUGGCAAGGGAGACCAGUUCUGGAGCAAUGUAUACCCGACCAAGAUGCUGGAAAAACACAAGUCGGAAGUCGUCAAGUUCUUCCGCAUGCUGAAGAUCAUCCGAGCAUUGGAGCUGUUCUUCGCCCUCGUUCCCAUCAAACUGCUCAUCAAGCUCUUCCGCUUCUCCGAAGAGUUCGCCAAUGUAGUCGCUCUGCCCAUGGUGGCACUGUUCUUGGGCACCGGCAACUAUGCGCCCGAAGUGCCCACCAUCAUGCUGGACCGCCUGUGCACGAGUCCUACCUACGGCAUGUGGUAUCCUCCUGACAAGCACAGCGUUGCUUCCAAUAUGCCUCCCAUGGUAGUCUUCCCCAAUCUCAGCGACUUCUACGACACCUGGCGCAAGAACCUACUUAAGAAGGGCGUCCACAUCCGCCUCUCCACUGAAGUCACUCAGAUCACGCGACGAGACAAGAAUGGCGUCCAAGUCAAAAUCAUCAGUCGCACCCCAGUCAAAGAUGGUCAUAACCCCGACUCGGCAUGGGUACCCGACAACGUAGAAGGCUCCAAAGCCGAUGCAGACCAAAGUGAAAGCGUCGAGGAGUAUGAUGAGAUUGUCCUCUGCGUGCUCACAGACACUGCAAAACGCCUCCUCCAACCCACCAUCACCAGCCUGGAGUCUCGUGUUCUCGGCUCAGCAAAGUUCGCCAACGAUAUCACAGUCACGCACCAAGACCACGAAUACAUGAAGAAGUACUACGAAAACUUUUACAAUGAGGAACUCGCCGUAUCCUCCAUCAAUAAUGUGGACAUGUCAUCUCGAAACGACUGGGCAAAGGAGAAUUUCAAAGCCAUGUACCUGAUCCGCAUGUAUCAACAAGACCUGACCAAACUAGAAAUGUGUUUCGACUGCACCAACUACCAACCCCAAUUCCCUCCCACGGUACCCUUUGACAAGCACGUCUUCCAAACCAUCUUCCUCAACAACGACCGAGACUCCCAUCUCUGGACGCGCGACGAGAUUCAAAAGGACAAGAUCAUCCGCGAAGAUUGGUGGCAUCAACUCUGUCACUCCUGGACCCAUUACCUCUUCGUCGUCCCCCGAAUGAUGUUCCUCCAGGGCAAACGCCACACACGCUACGCCGCCAGCUGGACCUUGGUCAACGCGCACGAAACCGCAUGCAUCUCUGGUAUCGCAGCAGCUGUCGAUCUCGGCGCGGAAUACCCUGCUGAUUUGGAACGAGACCAAUUCGCUUUUCUGGCUUUUCGAUUGUAUAAUUUGAUUGCCUACGGGAAGUGGACGAGGAGGAAUUUUACGAAAAAGAAUCAGGAGGGAGAAGGAGCGGAUUAUGCGACGGGGAAUGAAUAUGGGAGUGUGUAUAAUGGACCUGGAGUGAAUUCGAGUGAGGAGAGGAGGAUUUGGAGACGGGAGGUGGAGGCGGGGAGGAGUUUGAAAGUUGAGGAUUUUUGAGUAUAGGUACCGAAUGGGUUGAUUGAUUUUGGUUAUGAGGUUCCGUGGAGAAGUUAGAUGGUUCUACCUACCUCCUACUCUACUGAAGUGUGUGCGUAUAGGGGAAAAAGCUGAUUGCACUCAUGCAAUUCAAACUGUCCUCCUGCUUCGUAACCCACUCAGAAUCCGUCCUCGUCGAGUGCCCCAACCUCAACCGUCCCCCUGCCUUUAUCCCUCCCCUCCAUCACUCCAGCAUCAA